AUGCCAUCUGUCUUCGAUCUCGGCGGUAGUGCAUCUGGGGCGAGCAACCUGGGCACUGUUUCUCCACAAGACCUGCUAAUCCAGGAGCCGUUCAUGUCGGCUCCUAAUUCGACGGCAUUCACUGCGUUAACCUCUCCGUCCGUCUAUAACGAGUCGCCAGACUUCAACGACGGUUACGACGUGUCUCCCAAUUUUGGCUCUGGUGAUUUCGAAACCGGUUCAACUGAUCCUUGGUUCCCUCUGUUUCCCCAGGAGCCCGCUCUGGCCAAAGACACUCAACAGAAUGUUGGGCAGUCUCCUGCUGUUGCGGAAGAAGACCUUGAAGUCGUUGAGUUUACUUCAGCCUCCACGCUGCGGAAGUCGAGUGAUUCUCCACCGUCCGGCUCCGGCCGCCACUCUUCUGUGGCUGGUGUGAAUUCUCGAAAGCGGGACAAACCUUUGCCUCCCAUCGUCGUGGAGGAUCCUAGCGACGUCGUCGCUAUGAAGCGGGCACGGAACACUCUUGCGGCUCGUAAGUCUCGUGAGCGUAAGGCUCAACGGUUUGAGGACUUGGAGGAGAAGAUUCGAAAGUUGGAAGCGGAGCGUGAUCACUGGAAGAAUGUGGCUCUUGGCCGAACAUGA